AUGUCUAGCAAAACCACCGUGAGGAGCCAAAGCAGCAGCCGUCGUGGCUUCAGUGCCAGCUCAGCCAGAGGCCCUGGGCUCAGCCGCUCUGGCUUCAGCAGUGUCUCUGUGUGCCGCUCCAGGGGCAGUGGUGGCAUUGGGGCAGCGUGUGGAGGAGCUGGCUUUGGCAGCAGGAGCCUCUAUGGCCUGGGGGGUUCCAAGAGAAUCUCCAUCGGAGGGGGCAGCUGUGCCACUGGUGGAGGAUAUGGCAGCAGAAUUGGAGGUGGCUUUGGCUUUGGAGGUGGAGCCGGCAGUGGAUUUGGUUAUGGUGGUGGAGCUGGUAGUGGUUUUGGGCUUGGUGGUGGAGCUGGCUUUGGAGGUGGCUAUGGGGGCGCUGGCUUCCCUGUGUGCCCCCCUGGAGGCAUCCAAGAGGUCACAGUCAACCAGAGUCUUCUCACUCCUCUGAACUUGGAAAUCGACCCCACUAUCCAGCGAGUGAGGACUGAGGAGCGUGAGCAGAUCAAGACCCUCAACAACAAGUUCGCCUCCUUCAUCGACAAGGUGCGGUUCCUGGAGCAACAGAACAAGGUCUUGGACACCAAGUGGACUCUGCUUCAGGAGCAGGGCACCAAGACAGUCAGGCAGAACCUGGAGCCUUUGUUCGAGCAGUACAUCAACAACCUCAGGAGGCAGCUGGACUCCAUCCAGGGAGAGAGAGGCCGCCUGGACUCAGAGCUGAGGAGCAUGCAGGACACUGUGGAAGACUACAAGAACAAAUAUGAAGACGAAAUCAACAAGCGCACAGCAGCAGAGAAUGAAUUUGUGACCUUGAAAAAGGAUGUGGAUGCGGCUUACAUGAAUAAGACUGAACUGCAAGCCAAGGUAGACAGUCUUGUCGAUGAGAUCAACUUCCUGAGAGCCUUCUAUGAUGCAGAACUGUCUCAGAUGCAAACCCACAUCUCAGACACCUCUGUCGUCCUGUCCAUGGACAACAACCGCAGCCUGGACCUGGACAGCAUCAUCGCUGAAGUCAAAGCCCAAUAUGAGGAGAUCGCUCAGAGGAGCCGGGCUGAGGCUGAGUCCUGGUACCAGACCAAGUAUGAGGAGCUGCAGGUCACAGCAGGGAGACAUGGGGACGACCUGCGGAACACCAAGCAGGAAAUCACUGAGAUCAACCGCAUGAUCCAGAGGCUGAGAUCUGAGAUUGACCACGUCAAGAAGCAGUGCGCCAACCUGCAGGCUGCCAUCGCUGAUGCUGAGCAGCGUGGGGAGCUGGCCCUCAAGGAUGCCAGGAACAAGUUGGAAGGGCUGGAGGAUGCCCUGCAGAAGGCCAAGCAGGACAUGGCCAGGCUGCUGAAGGAGUACCAGGAGUUCCACCAUACCAUAUAG